AUGCGAGACCUAAGAGCUGAGGUAACGAGCAGUCUGCUGCAGUUUCCAGAGGUGACUCUUCAGGCACUUGGGGAAGAUGAGGGAACCCUCGGCUCUGUGCUGUGCGGGAGGUUUUCUGGAGGGAGAAACGGCCUGGCGUGGUUGGCACGUGGUCCUCACCUUGAGGUGGUGAACUGUGUGACAGGAGAGCGGCUCUCUGCGUACCGUUUCAGUGGAGUCAAUGAACAGCCUCCCACUGUUCGUGUGGUGAAGGAGUUUUCCUGGGAGAAGAGAACUGGACUGCUGGUUGGGUUGGAAGACGCAGAGGGAAGCGUUCUCUGUCUGUACGACCUUGGACUCUCAAGAGUGGUUAAAGCAGUUGUUCUUCCCGGGAGGGUAACCGCUAUAGAACCCAUAGCGAAUCACGGAGGACCCAGCGUGAGCACUCAGCACCUCCAUCAGAGUCUGCGAUGGCUCUUUGGGGUGGCAGCAGUGGCUACAGAUGCUGGCCAUCUGCUUCUGGUUGACCUUAGUUUGGAUGAUUGCUCCUGCACUCAGAAUGAUAUCGAAGCAUUGGAUCUAGAAGUUGUCACUAGAAUUCCUGCUGAAGUUGCACAAAGAAGAGAAACUGUGACCAGCGAAGGGAGACAUCUCUGUUUUCAACUACAAAAUGCUUCCGGAACAGCAGUAUCAGCCCUGUGCUACAUAAGCAGAAGCAACCAGCUCGUUGUGGGUUUCUCAGACGGCUACCUGUCGCUCUGGAAUAUGAAAACUUUGAAGAGAGAGCACCACGCUCAGCUUGAAGGAGGGAGGAUUCCUGUCUAUGCUGUCACUUUUCAAGAGCCUGAGAAUGAUCCUCGCAAUUGUUGCUACUUGUGGGCUGUUCAGUCUACGCAGGAAAGUGAAGGUGAUGUGGUGAGUUUACACCUGCUGCAGUUAACGUUUGGUGACAGAAAACGCGUGGCCUCAGGACAAGUCAUGUAUGAGGGUUUGGAAUACUGUGGCGAAAAGUUCAGUUUAGAUCUCACGGGUGGAGUCUUUCCCUUGAGAGGCCAGAUGAGUACUAAAUUAAUCAGCUGCCAGACUGUCGAAAAAUUCCGCAGUGACGUUGACGGAGAGGAUAGCGUAAAUGAAGUCACGUCUCCUGACACCAGUGUCUCAGUCUUCAGUUGGCAAGUGAAUACGUACGGUCAGGGAAAACCAUCUACUUACCUGGGUGUAUUUGACAUUAAUCGCUGGUAUUCUGCUCAAAUGCCAGAUUCGCUAAGGCCGGAAGAAUUCCCUCAUGAGUGCCCCUAUUUUGCACUGUGGUCGCUGGAUACUGUAGUGAGCGUGACUUCUCCGAAGCUCCUUUUGGAUAUUCUGGUCCAUGAGCGGAGUCUAAGUCGGGGAGUUCCUCCUUCUUAUCCACCACCUGAGCAGUUUUUUAAUCCAAGCACCUAUAACUUUGAUGGUACGUGCUUGCUGACCUCCGGAGUCAUUCACAUGACUUGCACCGGCUUCCAGAAGGAGACCUUGAAUUUUUUGAAGAAAUCUGGCCCUUCAAUAUGGGAAGCCAUUCAGGAGAGCUACAAUAGGUGUCUUGUAGCUGGCUUGCGGUCUCCAAGACCAGUUGAUGUCCAGCCAUCCAGUUUGAGUCAGGAGGAGCAGCUGGAAGCAGUAUUGUCAGCUGCUGUCCAGACAGGUUCUGUGGGACUUCUGACUGGAUGCAUUAAACAUUGGAUAUCUGAAGAGCAGCCGAGUUCUGCUGGUAAUUUACGGUUUGUUCUUGAGUGGACAUGGAACCAAGUGAUCUCUACAAAGGAAGAAUUUGACCAAAUCUGUGUUCCGCUGUUUGAUGGCUCUUGCAACUUCACUGACGCCCAGACAUUACGGUCUCUCCAGCGCUGCCAGUUGCUUUUGAGCAACCUUAGCACGGUCUUAAACUGUUUUCUCACAGAAGCACAAGAGCUUACUGAAAAAGGUUUUGCAGACGUGACAAAUAAGCAAGCGGUAACCGGCCUCAUUUCUUUGUAUGCACGAGUGGUCAUCUGGUUCUGUCGAUCCGGUCUCCUUCCAGAGGGUUUAGAUGACGAUACGCGUUUGUCGAGACCUUUCUACAAUUAUCCUCUGAUUGAGAGCUACUAUACUUGUCACCGACAGAAACUUGAGCGUUUAUCAAGAGGAAAAUGGGACUCGGACUGCUUGAUGGUUGAUGGAAUGGUUUCCCAGUUAGGAGACCAAGUGGAGAAGCUGUGGCGGAGAGAUGCAGGAGGAACUGGGAAAUACCCGCCUGCCAGUUUGCAUGCACUGCUGGAUCUCUAUUUGCUAGAAAGCAUUGAAGAAAACUGCAAACACGCAAUUACAAUUUACUUGCUGCUGGAUAUCAAGCGUUCCUUUCCGAGUGAGACAGAAACUUCAAUCGACUCCUUCCCAACUGCCUUUGGCAUGCCUUGGGGACUUGUUAAGCUUGUUGAAGGUUUUUGGCUUCUCGAUCACAAUGAUUACGAAAAUUCACUGGCCCUGCUCUUUCAUCCCGCUACAAUAAAAACCGCGUCAUGGCAGCACAAGAGAAUUAUUCAGUCCCUCCUGUGCCAAGGGGAGCAUGGGCAAGCCCUCAGAUAUAUCCAGAUGAUGAAUCCAUCAGUGUCAAGCAGCGGGGAAGUGCAGCUUCUCCUCACUGUGUUGCUCUCCAAUAGGUGCAUGGUGGAGGCUUGGGGUCUGUUGCACCAACAUGCCGCUCAGGCAAACUUAGAAGACCUCUUAAAACACAUGUACGAAAUGUGCCGGGAGAUGGGCCUGAUGGAAGACUUGCUGAAGCUGCCUUUCACAGACACCGAACAAGAGUGUUUGGAGAAGUUUUUAAGGACCAGUGCUGGUGUUCAGAAUCAAGAAUUCCUUUUAGUUCACCAUCUGCAGCGUGCCAACUACAUUGCAGCACUAGAGCUGAAUCAAUCCAUGAAUGUCAAUCUUAUGAAUGAUCAUGAUCCUCGCUUGAGAGAGAGGGCAGUUGCCCGAAAUUCUGCAUUACCCCAAUAUGGCAAGAUCCUUCCACGAAUUCAAAGGAAGCUGGCCGUAGAGAGAGCCAAGCCUUACCAUUUGCCUGCGUCGGUCGUAAGAGAAGUCUCAAGACCAACGCCAUUAUCCACAGUAACAAACCCAGCUAAUGCAGGACAUUUGUGUACUAGAGAAAAUUUCCUCAGUGCUGUAUUGUGCAAAACUGGAGAAGUCUGGGAAGGAAAUGAGCAGGAAACCAGUUUCUCACAAGUUGAUAGGUAA